GCGAUUAACGGAAGCCCGCGUGCUCUAGCGUCGCACACAACUACGCUACAACUACUAUACACUCUGCGCGGAUAUCCUGACCACCACCACGUGUCGAGUCCUAAAUAGGAUUCAAAGAUUUGGAAAAAGAUCGCGCCAUGGCCAAGAAGGACAAGACCGCAGCGCCAGCGCCAACAGCGAGCGCGACCAGCGUGGUUAGCAACCCAGAGGAAGUCGCCGAGAAGGACCUUAUCGAGGAGUACCUCGCGCAGCAUGGACUCGAGAGCUCCUUGAACGUCUUCCUCAACCAAGUCGUCCGCGACCGGCCCUCGGACCCGUACCUUGUGCUCGGGAAGCUGCUCCAGAACCGCGCCAUGUCCAACAAAGGCAUCUUUGCCGUCUCGGCCAAGGAGGUAGUCGACACGUCCGGGUAUCCGACGCUUCUUGCGAGUGUGCAUACCGGGCGAGGCCGCUUUGACGCCUCAACCGGCAGUGCGACCGCCGGGCUCUUCGACUCGGACGACGCCUCGCGGUACCGCGGGCAUGGGCUGCGUGCGCGUGACGUCUCGUUGUACAUGCAGCAUCUCCUCGAGGGCAUGGAUCCCUGCGAUCAAGCCGACUGCGACGAAAAAAUCGCGUCCAUGGCCGACAAGGUGGGCCGCCAAGCGUGCAUUGCACUUUCAAUGGCAAUCUGCAAGGCCGGCGCGGCCCAGAAGGACCAGCCUCUGUACGAGUACAUUGCGUCCCUUGCGGAUGUGCCCAUUGAAAGUGCGUGCUUGCCUGUCCCGAUCUUUAGCCUUCUCAACGGCGGCAACAUGGCAUCCAAUAAGCUCUGUGUGUCGGAGAUCACUGUCAUGCCGAUGGGCUGCGCGUCGUUCCAAGAUGCACUGCGCUAUGCGGGCGAAGUUCUCUUGACGCUCAAGGAGCUUCUCGACGCCAAAGGCAACGGCCACUCGAACCGGGGGGCCUCGGGGGGGCUCACCCCCCAGCUCAUGUCGGUCGAAGAAUGCCUCACGAUCUCGACCGAAGCGCUUCAUAAAGUCAAGGAUCAGUUCAAACUCCCCACCCAACAGAUUGAGCUUGGCCUCGGGAUCGACAUUGCUGCCCACGCGUUCGCGUCGCCCGAUAACGACAGCUGCACGUACAACAUUGACAAAUGGAUGCCCAUGCCCAAGAGCGUGCCCAAGACAAGCGAUGAAUUUUCCGAGCUCAUUCGCGAGUGGGUCAAGACGUACGCCAUCACGACGAUCGUCGACCCGUUUGAAAGUCGGGACAUCAAAGUGUGCAGCACGCUCAACCGUACGAUCAACACGAUCGCGGAAGGCGAAGCGACCGACACGACCGCCAUCGGCGGCGACGGACAGUGCAAACUCCAAGUCGUUGGUCACAAACUCCUGCAGCGCGGUGUCGAGACCAUUCACGAAGAGCGCGCUUGCAACACGAUCUUGCUCAACCUCGGCGAGUUUCUAACUGUCACCCAAGUGCUCCACGUCGUUGCCCAAGCGCGCGUGCUCGGCAUCGCCCUCAUGGUCGGCUGCGAUGCAAGUGCGUCGGACGAUCCAUUUCCGAUGGACCUGGCCAUCGGCAUUGGAUGCGGCCAGAUCAAAAUGGGUGGUCUCUUUUCAGCCGAGGCCGUAAGCCGCUAUAACCGCCUCGCUGCAUUUCUCGAAGAUGCGAAAGCGCCUCCAUAUGUAGGAAGCACGUUCCGCCGCUAAGAUGAUGCUCUAUAUAUAUGUGUUGUUCGAUA